GUCAAUGCACCUGCAUCUUGAUCACUGUACAUUUACAUGAAAUUUGACGGUCGAUCGAUUCUUACUUGAAGGGUCCGAUCUCGCGACUCUGCAUGAAAGGGUGGAGUCGCUUCGGUACUUUAAGUGUUGCGUCAGCGAAUCACUUCCUCGUUGCAAUCUCUGACUCGCUAUUGCUAUCUUUGCGUGGCGGACUUAUACAGCCGCCAGCCAAUCUACCCCGACUAUCGGAGUUGAGCAGAGGCCGUAGACAUGUCGAGAUCGAAUGCCUCGGAGGGAACUCCGCUUCUACGAGAAUCCUCUACCUCCCAAAGCACAUCCUAUCGCAGCGUGAUCAACCACUCGAAUGAUGUGGAAACGGGUUUACCAAGCAUCGAAGCCGAGAAUGAACUGACUUUUCCGGUCUUGACCCAAGUCAGUUCGGCACAGCCGAGUCUGGACAUCGAGCCGAGCUUGGAGCGAUAUUCCUCGAUAGCUUCGAGGAGAAAAAGCAGUGUUUCUGCUCGAGAUACGGACUCUACUUCUAAAAAAGAAUCAAAGUAUGCCUCCCAAUUCAUCGGAGUGUCACCCUCCCAAUUCUGGGUUAUUUUCUCCGGCAUCCUGCUGGGCUACGUGAUCGGGUUCUUCGACUCCACCCUUAUGGCGUCAAGUUAUCCAGUGAUCACGUCGUAUUUCCAUGCGUCAAAUUCAGCGUCUUGGCUGUCAACCGCGUUUCUUCUCACGUCCACGGCGUUUAUGCCCCUUUUUGGGCGCAUCUCGGAUGCUUUGGGCCGGAAACCAGUCUACCUAUUUUCCAUUUUCAUGUUCUUCGUGACUACAGCAUGGUGCGGUUUGGCUCAAAGUAUCGGUGGUUUCAUCGCCGCCCGGGCCUUCUGUGGCCUGGGUGCUGGUGGUGUUUUCUCGAUGGGCCAGGUCAUUUCAAGUGAUCUCGUGCGCCUCGAAUAUCGUGGGGUCUACCAAUCAUACAUCAACUUGAGUCUCGGCAUCGGAAGCUGUACUGGUCUCGCCUUCGGUGGCCUUCUCUGUGACCGGGUUGGCUGGCGGGGUGCAUUUCUCAUCCAAUUACCUUUCAUCUUUGUCUACUUCAUCAUGGCUGCCAUGACCGUUCCAGCAGAGCUUGGGAUCAAAUUGGUCGGGUCGGAGCGCAUGACGGUCCGGCAAGUGAUCCGCAACGUUGACUUAACUGGAUCGUUCUUCUUGGUCUCGGCAGUCACCGCAUUGAUCAUGGGUUUAAACUUAGGUGGGAACAUCUUCCCCUGGACUCAUCCACUGGUGAUAAGCUCUUUGGUCGCGGCUGUUGUCCUAGCCAUCAUUCUCGUGCGAUAUGAGCGCCAUGUGUCUCUCGCAGUGCUUCCCGUGGAGCUCCUUACCCAAGAACCUCGCGCCAGUAUUAUCUUCGGCAACUUCUUUGGCUCGGUCUCGGUCAACACGGUGAUGUUCAAUGCCCCGUUGUAUUUCCAGGCCGUCAAGCUUGCUACUCCCACCGACUCGGGCCUACGUCUUUUAGCUGCCUCAAUUGCCGUGACUGCUUCUAGCGUUGGUACUGGAUUCUUGAUUACCUGGUCGAAACGUCUGAAACCGCCCAUCAUUAUCGGUGGUAUCAGCAUGGUUGUAGGAGGCCUUUUAGCUGCAUCUAUGGGUAUCACCACCCCCGAUUCCCUCGCCAUGAUCUGUGUCUCAUUCUCCAGUCUCGGUCAAGGGUUCGCCUUUCCGAGCUUGAUGGUCUCGAUUUUGGCCACUAGCGAGCAAAACGACCAGGCUAUCACUACCACUACCCUGGGUUUGGCGCGUAACCUGGGCUCCGUGAUGGGUGUGUCGAUCAGCAGCUGGAUCUUGCAAAAUACGCUGCUGUACGAGCUUGAAAAUAAGGUGACAGGCUCGGACAAGGCGCAAAUCAUCGGCCUUGUACGCAAGUCCAUUCGUGCUAUCGCUGAUCUGGAUCCAUUCCAUCAACAACAAGUCGUCGGAGCAUAUGCUUUGGCUCUCCGUGUAACCUUUCUCUCUGCGGCUGUUUGGGGCGCUAUCAUGUUAAUGCUGCACUCACGGCUUCGCUUGCCCAGACUGGGAAGUAAGACUUCCCCAAAUUAGAGACGUAUAUAGACUGCAUUUUACUCUACCUAUCUAUAUAUUAGGCCCAGCCUGUUGUUCAACCCUUCUGCAUUCGGUCUGGAUAAAAGGGCACUGAAAAGUAUAUAGAGUUUGAAUUUCGUCAGAAAGAUUGUGAUUCGAAAAUGGGAAAUAGGCGACUUGUAUUCGAUCGAGACGAGCGUCUACGCGUAAACUCGAGAAUGCAC